GUGACGUCCACCGGAAGUAAACAAAAAGCAUUUAGCAGCAGCUUGCGUGGACUCAGCAGGAAGACGUUUGUUUUCGUGUCUCAGCUGAUUAUUUCAGCAACAAUGUCUCAAUCUUAGCCGCUGAGCGAGUUGCGGAUUUAACCCGAAGCUUCCGGUUGGAAGGAGAGAUGGAGGAUGAGCGCAGACCGCAGGAGAUCUGCUGGAAACCCGCAGAGACGCCGCAGAGAGCCGACCUUCUACAUCAACAUGUUUGGAAGCAAAAGGGGCAGGAUCUCAGCGACCAACAACUCUGGAAGGUGCAGCGGAACUCCAUUCUGGACCAGGAGGAACCACAACCACAUAUUAAAGAGGAACCAGAGGAACCACAAUCUUCACAGCCUACAGAAGAACAAGAGGAACCAGAACCUACACACAUUAAAGAGGAACAAGAGGAAUCAGAACCUACAGGCUUUAAAGACAGGAAAAUGGAACAUUUAGCAACUAAAGGGGAACAUGAGGAACUGCAACAUUCACACAGUGAGGAAGUACAGGAAAAAAUAGAACUUUCACAGAUUAAAGAGGAAAAGGACGGGCUGGAACUUUUUCACACUAAGGAGGAACUAGAACCACUACAGGUUAAGGAGGAACAGGAGGAGCUAGAAGAGUUACGGAUUAAAGAGGAAGAGAGUAAUGUAGAACUGUUCUGCAUUAAAGAGGAAUAUUUAAAUAUUCCGAAGGAGCAGGAGGAACUUCAACCUGCAGGAUUAAGAACUGACCAAGUGAAACUAGAACCUCUACAUAUUAAAGAAAACCAGGAGCAGCUAGAACUUUCACACACCGAGGGAUGCGGUGAAAGAGAACUUUCAUGCAUGGAAGAGGAACAGGAGGAACUAGAAUCUGCAGAAAUGGUAGCAGAACAAGAGGAACCAAAAUCUGCAGGUCUUGUAGCAGACUGUGGAGAACCACAAGAUUCACAGGUUGAAACUGAACACGAAGGACCACAGCUGCUGUCAUUUUUGAGCCACAGCAGUCAGCAGAUACAGCAGCUGUUGAGGAACCACACAACCGAUGCCUUCAUGGACCCUUGGACUUACCAGAGAAGUACAAAGAUCGACCGUCUUCACUGCCUUUCCAGGGCUAAAGCUCAGGGCGAAAGUCAGGAAGGUGCUAGCUGUCCUGGGUCUCAAAGUCUGGCCAAUCCUGACCCCGAUCCACCUGAAAAAUGUGACGUCUGUGGAAAAGUCUUUAAAUAUAAACACAAUUUAAUUGAACAUCAGGGAAUCCACUUGGGCGUGAAACCAUAUGGUUGUAACACAUGUGGAAAAAGCUUUGCUCAUUCCAGUGGACUAAAGGUCCACAUGAGAAGCCACACUGGGGAGAGGCCUUUCACCUGUGAAACAUGUGGGAAAAGUUUCAAGUAUAGUAGCCACUUCCAUGUCCAUCGGAGAAUACACACAGGGGAAAAUUCGUUUACUUGUAAAACCUGUGGAAAGGUUUUCACUCGAAUCCGCAGCUUAAACGUCCACAUGAGGUAUCACACGGGCGAUUGGCCAUUUUCGUGUGAAACGUGUGGGAAAGGUUUCAGUAAUCGCUUUCCGCUGGAGGUUCACAUGAAAACCCACGCUGGCGAGUGGCCUUUUUCUUGUGAAAUGUGUGGUAAAGGCUUCUAUAAAAGUUUUCCAUUAAAGGUUCACAGGAAAACCCACUCAGCUGAGAGGCCUUUCAGAUGUGAAACGUGUGGGAAAAGCUUCCGUGACCCUUCCUAUUUAAACGUUCAUAAGAGAAAACACACAGGGAAAACAUACUCUUGCUCAACAUGUUGUAGGAGUUUCACUCAACUUGGCAGUUUAAAUGUUCACAUGAGAACCCACACGGGUGAGAAACCAUAUUUAUGUGUAACAUGUGGAAAAGGUUUUACCAACAGCAGCCAGCUGACUCUUCACACCAGAACUCACACGGGCGAGAAGCCCUUCUCUUGUGAGACGUGCGGGCAAAGUUUUUCUAGGAACAGUAGCCUGGUUGUUCACAUGAGAACCCACACAGGGGAGAGGCCUUUUAAAUGUAAAACAUGUGGGAAGAAUUUCACUCAGCAUGGUGUUUUGCAAAUUCACAUGAGGACCCACACCGGAGAAAAGCCGUUUUCUUGUUCCGCAUGUGGAAAAAGGUUUAAUCAGAGCGGUAGUCUGAGUAAACACAUGCAGGUUCACACACAGAGGAAGGUUUCUCCUUCUUAAACCUUUGGAAAAGUAUAUCUGAAUAAGGUAUACUUAUUGACACGUUUAACCAUUUUUUUAAGUUGUUUUGUCAAGUUUGUAAUAUUUGACCUGAGUUAGUCGUCUGGUUUUAUUCACCAACUUCUCUGCUGCGUUUCAGUCAGGCUCCUCAUCAGAAAAGACAAUCACCAGGAAGUUUCUUUUUUGCACUGUUCUUAUAAUGUCGAGGACCUUGGCCAUAUACCUCUAGAUAUUUUUCAACCUCUAACGUUAAUCUUCCCUCAUGCGUCACUAAUUUGUCCCGCAGAAACGGUCCACAAAAAUGCCAUAGAAGAAGUAGCAAAGCAGCGCAGAAGAAGAGCAACUACAGGAGCCGUUGUAUUCUGACAUUUACAGUUGACGCUCCUUACUAGAACCAUUUCAAAACGUAUCCGUCGGCAGGUUCUGACCUGAUUCUGGUUUUGCGCUAUUUUUUAUAGAUAUAAAAUGAUUGCACUUUCCUUUAAAUUCAGCUGUUUUGGGGGCUGGAUUAGCUAGGCUCGUCUCAAGCUUAUUGGUGCCUGUCUGUGUGGUACAGAGCUGUGGGCUCAUUGCUCUGUGACUGGAAAACAGACGGUUAACUGCUCUUUUGUUGACUUUAAAGGUAGGAAAUACUGUCUCCUUAGAGAGUCUAUGUUCAGAUUUAACAAUGUUAAAUGACAGGCUGAUGAUUCACAUCUUGGAGCCCAAAUGAAACCUACUGGAGAUGCAAACAGCAAGAUUUCCAAGCUUUGAGCUCCUUCUUUAAAUAUGAUUUGAUGUUGUGAACGCACUAUUAUUUAUACCUUCAGUCUGUGACAUCAGCACCACCAUGUAUCGUGGGAAGCAUAGUUUAAGUAUUUUCCAAUGAUAUGGCCCAACGAUAAGUAUCUCAUUGUUUAUAAAUCAUUAAAUGUUCAAAGACCAGAGUAUAGAAAAACUUUUCUUCUUUCACAGUGGAGAAACUUUGUUUUUUUUAAUAUUCAUCUUAAACAAAACAUUUUAAUCUAUUGCAAUCAGUUUAGAUCAGCAGGAUGACAUUCAUCACACCAAUAGCUUUGGCUUUGUGCAGUCGAUAAAUUAAAUUACUGCUUAUCUAGGCAAAGGGACAACUAUCUGUGUUACAGCAAAACUUUAGAGGUCUGCUAACCUACCAUGUGGAUAAAACACUCUGAUCUGCGGUUUUACUGAUUCCAGGACUAAAUCGUGGCCUUCACCUCCUGCACGUUUCCUGGACUGCCAGGCACUACCUCUGUUAAGCGCAUUUUUCAAAUGCUAGAUGUGGGCGGAGUAAGGCUCUGGUACAGGGUGAGUUUCCCUUUAAAUACUUCCUUGGGUUGAAGUUGGGUUCUACCACUGAUCUCUAUUUAUUCUCUGGAUAUGCGAUUGGCCAUUGGUAGUACACGUUGCUAUGAGGUCUCUAUCUAUCUAUCUAUCUAUCUAUCUAUCUAUCUAUCUAUCUAUCUAUCUAUCUAUCUAUCUAUCUAU